AUGGUGGCGCCCCUGGCUGUGGCACUGUUGUUAAACUACACUCUCUUCAUCAUGACCAUCGUACGUAUACAGCGAGUGCGCUCCCUGCAGACUGGCAAAGGGUUCCGCUCAGAAGAACGACGCCUCUUCUGGAUCUAUGUCAAAUUGUCUUCCGUCACUGGGGCUUUCUGGGCCCUAGCCAUCUUAGCUGAGAUUGACAACCUCACACUUCAAACUACCAAUUACAGCGUUGUUCGGUGUGGUGUGAUUGUAGCUUCAACAUCCGGUCCUUCUGAUCAGGUCCUAGGAGCUCAUGUAACCGGAAGAGAUCAGAUUCCUUUGUUCUGGGUUGACGUAUACCUCAUCUCUGCACUGGAAAUGUCCCGUGAUGAGGCGGAACACGUGCUUAUCCAAACUUUCUUUCCCAAGACUCUUGGAGCCAGCUUUGGAGAAAGAAAGCUGAAGCUCACGCCCUUACGUAUUCCGUCUGCUCUCAUAGUAGAUAUGUCCUUGUGUGUAAACACGACAAACGAUUAUGGUCACGAGAAAUCAUCUUGCUACCAGGAAGACUCGAUAAACCUCAGAGACGAAUACUCCGUUGAAGCGUAUUCGCUUUCAUACGAUAUGAAAAGUUUCGUAGAACUUUCCCCUCUGCUCAAUUGCGUGUCUCUGCUUUGUCUCCUAGCCACGAUUGCUACAUACUCUCUGUUCUCAGUUCUGCGGAGUUCUGCGGGUUGGAACAACUUGCUCCUAUGCGUCAGUCUCACUGCGGCUCAAAGCUCGCUCCUGGCUUCAGCCAUGCUGUUGACACGCCCUAUACUAGGAGGAAUAUAUCUACUUUACAUUUCUUUUCUUUCAAGCAACGAGAAAGGAGUGAUCUGCACCGUGGUGGGCGUGUCCACUCACUUCCUGUGGUUGGCCACGUUCUCUUGGUGUUUCAUCUGCUGUCUGCACAUGGAGCGAGUCUUCUCCGCCAAGACCCGAAACACUCACACCACGUCUGCUGAGUUACGUAACUCUGUUAUGUUGAGAAUCGCUUUUACGGUGCUACUUCCGGCCCUCGUCAUUGCCAUUGUGAUUGUCGCCUCGUGGAUGACGUCAGACGGGGAUGAUAUUGGUUACGGACGCAGAAAGUGCUAUCUUGAUUCCGGAUUUCUUGUAGGUCAGUAG